AUGAAGUCGCUAGGAAAAAUGCGGAGAUUGAUGAACUACGAAGGCAUCUUUGCACAUGUCAGGAUGUUCCUCAAUCACCUGUACGAAAGGGAUAUUUUCAUCGUACGGACUCGAUUUGGUAAUUACUCUGACGUUUUCUCGGCCUUUUACAAUAUUACCAGCGAACCGAUAGCCCAACAAAUGAUAGAAAUUGAAAGGGAAUGCGAUAUUGAAUUGGAGAGAAAAGGCUUCAGUGCAAUUCAACGAUCACAGCUGGCCGACUUCUUCCGUAAUGAUAGAAGGGAGCAUAUUGCGAGGAAGUGUGGUGGAUUCAAGCGUGACAAUACUUAUAAAGAACUCUUUCAACUGCAUCCUAAUGCGAAUCGAUUUAAGAAAGGCUGA